GCCCGCCGUCCAAUCGCUGAUCGAGGCAGGGUCGGAAGCAGCUCGCGGCCCAGUCACAGCGUACCACGAGCCGCUGCCCCGCGCAUAUAAAGCGCAUGCGCGGAGAGAGGGCCUCCUUCCACAGUGCCACGUCCCGUACACCCAGAUCCCCAUCAUGCUGCGCCCCACUCUCGCCCUGUUGUUGCUGUCCACCGUCCUGGUCUGGGCCGACAUUCUCGAGGAGAACCACGUUCUGGUGCUGAAGAAGGACACGUUCGAGGAAGCGCUGAAAAAUGACUAUCUGCUGGUGGAGUUCUAUGCUCCCUGGUGUGGACACUGCAAAGCCCUUGUUCCUGAAUAUGACAAGGCUGCAAAGAUUCUGAAAGAUGAAGGUUCAAAGAUCCGGCUGGCAAAGGUAGAUGCAACGGAAGAGUCAGAGCUGGCUCAGAGAUUUGGUGUCAGAGGAUAUCCUACAAUCAAGUUCUUUAAGAAUGGAGACACUUCUUCCCCAAAAGAAUACUCAGCUGGCAGAGAAGCAGCAGACAUUGUCAACUGGCUGAAGAAGCGCACCGGCCCAGCCGCAGCCACCCUGAAUGAUGAGGCAGCUGUAGCAGCUUUAAUAGCAGCCAAUGAAGUUGUUGUUGUUGGUUUCUUUAAGGAUUCAGAGUCUGCGCUGGCAAAGGCAUACCUGCAGGCUGCAGAGGCAGUAGAUGACAUUCAGUUUGGCAUCACUUCCAGCGACUCUGCCUUCUCCAAACAUGAAGUUAAAAAGGAUGGCAUUGUUCUUUUCAAGAAGUUUGAUGAAGGCAAGAACGUAUUUGAAGGGGAAGCAACGAAGGAUGAAGUACUGAACUUUGUCAAAUCCAAUCAGCUGCCUUUGGUUGUUGAAUUCACGGAGCAGACGGCACCAAAGAUCUUCGGUGGGGAAAUUAAGACUCACAUUCUUCUGUUCCUACCAAAAAGUUCCUCUGACUUCCAAGACAAGUUGGAUAACUUCAAGAAAGCAGCCUCAAGCUUUAAGGGAAAGAUUCUGUUCAUCUUCAUUGACAGCGAUCACACAGACAACCAACGUAUCUUGGAGUUCUUUGGUCUGAAGAAGGAAGAAUGCCCAGCUGUCAGACUGAUUACCUUGGAGGAGGAAAUGACAAAAUACAAGCCAGAAAGUGAUGAUCUCUCUGCUGAGAAGAUUAAGGAGUUCUGUGACAAAUUCCUGGAUGGCAAAGUCAAGCCCCACAUGAUGAGCCAGGAUGUACCCGAAGACUGGGAGAAGAACCCUGUUAAAAUACUUGUAGGGAAGAACUUUGAGGAAGUGGUCUUCGAUGAGAAGAAAAACGUCUUUGUGGAGUUCUAUGCUCCAUGGUGCGGUCACUGCAAGCAGCUGGCACCAAUCUGGGACCAACUGGGGGAGAAAUACAAGGACCAUGAAAGCAUCGUCAUUGCCAAGAUGGAUUCCACAGGGAAUGAAAUUGAUACUGUAAAGAUCCACAGUUUCCCCACCUUGAAAUUUUUCCCAGCUGGAACAGAGAAAAAGGUAAUUGUUUUUAAUGGGGAGCGAACACUAGAUGGAUUCACAAAGUUCUUGGAAAGCGGAGGACAGGAUGGAGCAGCUGAUGAGGAUUUGGAAGACUUGGAAGAAGCAGAUGAGCCCGAAUUGGAAGACGAAGAUGACAAGCCUGAAAAAGACGAGUUAUAAAAGAUGGAGUUAAAACUGCAACAGCCAGAAGACACUAAGAGUGGAGGGGAGGAAUGUCUGGGAAUGUUUUACAUUGUCAGAGCUCUAAAAAGCAGCCAGGGAAAAUGCCAUCAGUCUGUAAAUGUUUUUUUGUUUGGGUAAAGGGAGCUUUGACUUUUUUUUUUGUUUUACGGUUGUCUAUUUUUCACUGUGAUGAUUUUUUUUUUUUUAACACUCAGUUAUCUGCCCUAAUGUAACGUUUGGCACUUGUUGCUGCUUCCUGUAUUGUGUUGUCCUGUCUUUAUGUUUUUUUAUUUUAUUGUGAAUGACAUACUAUAGAUGGAAAGAAUCAUUGCAUGGCUGGUGUCCCUUAAGGGCUGUCUUCAUUCCCUCUGUCUCAGCCACUCUUAGAUUAGAUGCAAUGAAAAAGCUGUACCUGCAGUGAUGGGUGUCGAACUUUCCAGCACCGUUCUUUUUCAUGUUGCCCUCCAGCGCCGGGUGGCGGCUUUCAGUAUUUUGUGCAGCGUACAGUCUCCCUGGUACGAUGACUCCCAAUGGACAGCAGUCCCUCCAGUGGCACAGCCCUGUAUUAUUGCCGUUUUGUUCAGUCCUGUCUCGUCAGGACCCAGCCUCUGAGAUUGCAACAUAUGACACUUUUUUUUUUUUCUUGUUUUGUCACUAGACAUGGGCAGUUUUGAAAAAUUUGAUUCUGAAAGCAUUCCAUCAUAUUUAAUUUGGGACGUGUUGGCCAAAUAAAUAAUUUUAAUAAA